AUCGAUAUGUUGCUUUUACAUUAUUAUUGUAAAUCUAAAAUGGGUUGAAUAAGUGAUGAAAUUAAUGUUGUGGUUGUGAAAACGUGAAAAUUUUAAAUAAUAAGGCAGCUUAAAAUGUGAACAUGGCUACUUCAUUGACAGUAUUAGUCAUAACAUUUUGGCUUCGGUGCACAAUAGUGUAUGGAUACGAGUUUAUAUCACAAUACCCUAUUCAUCACAAUGAGACUUUUAAGUUUUAUCAUCUUGUAGUUGAUAAAAUUAGUGGUCAAGUGUAUGUAGGUUCAGUGAACUGGUUACAUCAGUUGAGUCCAGAUUUAAAACCGAUACAUGUUAUUCGGACCGGUCCUAAACUAGAUAAUCCGUUGUGCCAUGCCAGUGGAUGCCCGUCCUCUGACAUUCAGACGACUUGGAUUGACAAUGUAAAUAAAAUAUUGGUCAUAGAUCAAGAGUCCAGAAUAGUGAUAGCGUGCGGUUCAGUGUCGCAAGGAUCCUGCCUCAAGUAUAAGCUGGGUGACAUAUCUGCGGAGCCGGAAUUUGUUCCUGUGAGUGUUGCGGCAAAUGACCCCGAGGCUUCGACUUACGCAUUCAUAGGUCCGGAGAGAUACAACUCCUGGGACCGUUCCAAUGUCUUGUAUGUAGGUACUACUUUUACAAAUAAUGGAGAAUAUCGGCACGAUGUUCCAGCAAUAUCCAGUCGCGAUCUCAUGUCUCUUGAAUUGGCGCAAUUCACGUUUUCGAAACAGAGUUUGGUACAAAUAGAUGUUAAGUACAGAGAUAAUUUUCUAGUGCAAUAUGUGUAUGGUUUUAAUGUAAGUGAUUAUGCUUAUUUUUUAAUAAUUCAAAAACAUUCUCACCUAGCUGGAAAUGAAGAACUUGGUUAUGUGUCACGCUUAGCCCGCACUUGUGUCAACGAUGACAACUAUAACAGUUAUACUGAAGUUACAUUAGAAUGUCAUGUUAAAGAGGGAACCAUAAAUGAUAAGAUUGAAAUUGUCAAUUAUAACUUAGUUCAGGAUGCUAAAAUAGCUAAUGCCGGUGUAAAGUUAGCAAAUCAAUUAGGUAUUGAGACUGGUGAUCCAAUUCUUGUUGCAACAUUUAGCCCUUCUAAGGGCAUCAGUAAUGAACCUGUAAAUAAAUCUGCAAUCUGUGUGUUUUCCUUACAGGAAAUUGAAGUUAAGUUUAAUGAAAAUGUCCAUAUGUGUUUUAAUGGUAGCACUAAGGCUCGUAACAUGGGAUACAUAUCAGGUAUGAUAUCUGAUGGUAAAUGUCCCAGUGUUGGCUCCACAGGCAAUAUACUUAAUUUCUGUGAAGUUGGUCUUAAAAUUAGUGGCCUCUAUCCUAUAAAAACAAUGUCAGUAAUUAGUUGGAAUGACACAUUAAUCUCCUCCAUUACUAUGUCAGUAACUGGGUUACACACUGUUGCUUUCCUUGGUACUAGUGAUGGAAUUUUGAAAAAAGUGCUUAUUGAUGCAGAGCAAUCCUCAGAAUACUCAAGUGAAAUAAUUUUGCCAGGGCAAAAGAUACUUCCAGACACAACAUUAUCACCAUAUCAAAAAACUCUGUAUGUGUUAGCCAGAAAAACUAUUGUACAAAUACCAACUGAGAAGUGUGCAGAGCAUGGAAACUGUUCAUCAUGUCUUGAGUCGAAUGAUCCACAUUGUGGCUGGUGUUCAUUGGAAAAGAGAUGCACUGUACAAAGUAUGUGUCAAAAGGGCACUCAAAGUGCCCCUAGAUGGUUAUCUCAGUAUACAGGUCAGCAAUGUAUUGAUUUUGAGCAAAUAUUACCAGAGAGGAUUUCUAUUAAUGAGAUAACAACAGUACAACUUGUGAUCAGAACUCUACCAGAGCUUCCCUUUGGAGCUAAGUAUAAAUGUGUUUUUGGUAAUGCCCCUCCUAUUGAUGCUGCAGUAACAUCCAAUGGCCUAGCAUGUCCAACUCCUGAUAUAAAACAUAGGCCUAAAAUUACACAAGGUCAAGAUCAUGUUUAUGUCCCACUUUCAGUGCACUCUUCGGAAACCAAUAAGGAUUUUGUAUCCCGGAACUUUGCAUUUUAUGAUUGUGGCCAACAUAUUACUUGCCACACCUGCAUAAUGAGUGAAUGGGCAUGCAAUUGGUGCAUUUAUGAUAAUAAGUGUACUCAUGAUGUUUCUGUGUGUCAAAGAACAAUCAUAAGUGGAGAAAACAACCCUACAAAAUUGUUAAAUCAUGGUAUUGGCCAUUGUCCUAGAAUAAGGCAGUAUAAAAAACCUAUAUUAUUGCCUAAUAAUGUGCCUAAAGAACUGGAGUUAGAAGUAGAAAAUUUACCCCAUUUGCAACCUGGCCACACAGGUUUUCAAUGUUCAGUAAGCAUUGAAGUUGCCAAUAUGAUUUUACCUGCUCGAGUUGAGUCAAAUCACUUUAUUGUUUGUGACAAAACCACUUACUCAUAUGAAGAAGAUGUUGGUGAAUAUAAUGUCAGUGUUAAAGUAGUGUGGAACCACAAUCAUUAUAUAGAUACAAUAAAUAUUACUUUGUACAAGUGUGAAAUCCUUGGUUCUCACAGAGACCAUGCUGAUUGUUCUCUAUGCAUUACUAGAAAUUCUAUUUAUCAAUGUACAUGGUGUGGUAACUCAUGUUCCUACAGUGAAUCUUGCCUUGAAAAUCCUGUGACAGAAUGUCCCAAGCCUAGAAUAGAUAUGAUAAAGCCACUAAGUGGACCCAUUGAAGGGGGUACGAUUGUUACAAUAGAAGGAAGUAACCUUGGUUUAAGAGUGGAAGAAGUAACAGGAAAAGUUAGAAUUGGAGAUGUGUUAUGUGAUAUUGUUGACUUUGAAGUAUCUGUCAGUAUUACUUGUCGCACGGGCCCAUCUAAUGGCUCUGUUGUUGCACCAGUGAUUGUCCAAAAUGAUGCUGGCCAUACAGAGUCAAGUGUUUUGUUUAGUUAUAAAAAUAUAAAACUACAAGGGAUUUACCCUGGUCUUGGCCCUAUGUCAGGUGGUACCCAGUUAGCAAUUGGAGGACAACACCUUAAUAUUGGAUCAGCAGUUUCUGCAUUUUUAGAUGAAUUACCAUGUGCUGUUAAUAAAACGCAAACUUCAAACAGCAGAUUAAUAUGUGUCACACCAAAGGCAAAUACACCAAGGGUGAUACACACAUUAACAGUUGUUAUUGAUAAUGCUAAUAGGACAUUAUAUGGUGAUUUGUUCAAUUAUACAGCAGACCCUACUAUCAUGGAAAUUAAACCAUUAAAAAGCUUUGUAUCUGGUGGUAGAAUGAUAACAGUUCAUGGAACCAAUUUGCAUACAAUUCAGAAACCAUUAAUGAAGUUAUAUUAUGGCAAUGAGAUAUCUCCAAUUAAUUUCACCGCAUGUGUAGUUCUUAACUCAAAUCAAAUGGAAUGUCCCAGUCCUGCAGUUAACAAAAAAUACGACGAAAUAUUACUGGCAACAAAAUCACAAACAAGCACUCCACAAAUAGCAAUGAAGGUUGGAUUUGUAAUGGACAAUGUGGAAACUAUGCAUGAUUUGGAGAAAUAUUUUAACCCACCUAGGACUUAUAUGGUUUUUGUUGAGGAUCCACAUGUUUACCAAUUUCCCAGUCGCAUAAAAUCAUAUAAGGGUGAUCCUUUAGUAAUAGAAGGCGAGAAUUUAAUAAGAGCUAGUGAUGAAUCAGAUGUUGUGGUAACCAUAGGUACACAACCAUGUAAUGUUACAAGUUUGACUAUGCAACAGCUUCUAUGUACACCACCCGAAAUACAACCGUCUAACACUGAUGAAAAUGGAGUACAAAUAAGUGAUAUUAACUUGCCAUUAGUUGUUGUAAAAGUUGGUAAAAACUUAAGGUUUCCCAUUGGAUAUCUUCAUUACGAAUUAUUACGUAAUUAUAAUUUCCCCCCAGAAGCUAUAGCUGGAAUUGCUGCCGGAACUUUCUUUUUAGUUCUUAUAUUUAUGAUUGUUCUGGUUAUGUACAGAAGAAGGAGUACAAAAGCUGAGAGAGAAUAUAAGAGAAUACAAAUUCAAAUGGACACAUUAGAAAGUAAUGUAAGGCUUGAAUGUAAAUUGGCUUUUGCAGAACUGCAAACUGAUAUGUCUGAUUUGGCAGCUGAUUUGGAACAUUCCGGAAUUCCAACACUUGAUCACGUCAAUUAUGUUAUGAAAGUAUUUUUUCCUGGAGUAUCUGACCAUCCAAUAUUAAAUGUGCAACGUCAAUUCAUAAACACUCCACGAACUAAUUACGAUGCCGCUAUGAUUCAAUUUGAGCAACUGCUUAAUAACAAAUGUUUCCUUCUGUCAUUUAUAGAUACAUUGGAGGCUCAAAAGUCAUUUAACAUACGAGACAAAGUCAAUGUAGCUUCUCUUCUUAUGAUCAUUUUGAUGGGGAAAAUGGAAUAUGCGACAGAUAUCCUUAAAUCUUUGCUUCUGCGAUUAAUUGAAAAAUCAGUCUGUAACAAACAUCCCCAACUAAUGUUGCGAAGAACAGAAAGUGUUGUGGAGAAGAUGUUGACAAACUGGAUGGCUUUGUGUAUGUAUUAUUAUCUUAAAGAUUAUGCAGGCUCCUCUUUAUUCUUACUUUUCAAAGCUAUUAAACAUCAAAUCGAAAAAGGUGUUGUGGAUGCCAUAACCCACGAAGCACGGUAUUCACUAUCUGAAGAAAAACUGUUGAAAGAGCAGAUAGAUUAUCAAAUGGUAACAUUGCAUGUUAUUCAGGAUGAUUUUGACGAUAAAAUUCAAUGUAAAGUUUUAGAUUGUGAUAGUAUAUCUCAAGUAAAGUCAAAAAUAUUAGAUUCUUUAUUUAAAAACACUCCGUUUUCCAUGCGGCCUUCCGUCCACGAAGUUGAUUUAGAAUGGCGGCAUGGCAGAGGUGGCCACGUUACUCUUCAGGACGAAGAUGUCACGACGAAAACGUUAAAUGGUUGGCGAAAGUUAAAUACAUUGGCUCAUUACGGAGUAAAAGAGUCUGCUAUUAUGUCCUUGAUUCCACGGCAGAAUGACAGCUUCAAUACCCCAUAUAAAAUACCUUGUAAAAAUUGUACAGGCAUAUAUUGCUCUAAUUCUCAUAUAAGAGUUUACAAUAGCGACAUAACUGAUCAAAAUGUUCAUUUUUAUCAUUUAGUGAAACCCAUUGAGUAUCAACACAUUAUAAAUAAAUCAUCUGAGCACAGUCACAAAGCUAUUCCAGAAAUAUUCCUUACUAGACUGCUAUCGACAAAAGGAACAGUACAUAAAUUUGUUGAUGACUUCUUUAGUACUAUACUUACGGUAAACGAAGUAUUACCUCCAGCAGUGAAAUGGCUUUUCGAUCUGUUUGAUGAUGCUGCAAGAGCACAUGGCAUUAUCAACCCAGAAGUCGUACAUGCUUGGAAGUCAAAUAGUCUACCGUUGCGUUUCUGGGUAAAUCUGAUCAAAAAUCCCGAUUUUAUAUUUGAUAUAAACAAAACGGCAACUGUCGAUUCCUCUCUUUCUGUGAUUGCUCAAACAUUUAUGGACGCAUGUUCGUUAAGUGAACACCGGCUUUGCAAAGACUCCCCGUCCAAUAAACUACUUUUUGCAAAAGACCUCCCCACGUACAGAGAUAUGGUGAUUCAAUUUUAUCAAGCUGUGUCCCAGUUACCCCAAGUGUCAGACCAGGAGCUAAGCACGUCGAUGCAGCAGCUUUCAGUAGAACAACUGAAUGAGUUUGAUACACUUUCAGCUCUCAAAGAAUUGUAUAUCUAUGUUAGUAAAUACAGAGAACAAAUUAUGCUAGGGUUAGAAAAUAAAAUGCACUUAGCUCAUAAAUUAGACAAUAUAGCUUGCACUAUGGAAGGUGAUCCAACCUCCAUAUGCUGACUAUAUGAUAAUGUUACUUACGAUUUGAUUGCAUUUACCUAAUUUAUUUAUACAAUACAUAUUUUGUAAAAAGAAAAGCUUUAAUUUAUUCUGAAAUACUCAGAUUUUAAAACAGAAAUGUAAAAAGACUGUAAAAUAUGAGUUCCAUAAACCUAAGCAAAGUUGAUAGCAGAUGUAAGAUUUUGUUUUCUGUGGUCACUUUUUGGAAUCUAAUUUUGGUAAUUAGUUUAUAAGUGAUUUUGUAUUUUAAGGUAAUUCAUGAACAAAUAUAUGAAGUUGUAACCUUACAAAUGCUUUUAGUAAAAAAAUAUUUUAUUGCGAAAUGGCCAUCAACAAUAAAUAAAAUAAUAAAAAAGUCGAUCUGAUUUAUGUAUAUGAGUAAAUGUUCUGAUUGUAAUACCUC